AUGAGUAACAAUUCGUCGUACAGAGAUUCGUACUUCCAGUACCAGCACUUAGUUUUAUCGCACCACAUUCUGUACAAUGAGUGGGACCUGGACGAGUUUCUGGCGCUGGACGAGCAAGAGGCGAUAAAGAGGGGAGAUUCUGCCAACACGGACGGGGAGCUGGAGGGCAGCAGCAGCAGCAACAAUAAGGGGAACGUGAUGCAGCACGUCAAUGACGACACGUACUGGGAUUCGUUCGACGAAGAGGCAGAUUGGGCGGUGUUCAGCAAGGCCCAGUUAGACACCAGGGGCAUGGCGACGUUUCAGGCGCCCACGGCGGACGCGGUGACACCGCCCGUGACGGGCUCCAUCUUCGACGGGCGCACGCUGCAGCAGGCGCGGGCGCGUGUGAUUGGCUGGCACGAGGCGGGCAGGGGCAGCCGUGCGUCGUGCUAG